GGCGGAGCUCCGGCGCCGCGCGGAGCCUUAUUCCCCACGGCGCGCCGGGGGAAGCGCUCAGUCCGCCGGAGGAGCUGCACGCGGCGCGCGGCGGAGCGGCCUGACGGAGGUGCCAGGGCUCGGGCGCGGACCCCCGGGACAGCACACCCGCGCGCGGCGGCCGGGAGCCGGAGCCAAAGGGUCCCAGCCAGGCUCGCGCCCACGGAGGCCGGCGGACCCUCCCGCGCCCCCCGCCCGGCUCCCGUGCGGACGGACGCCCGGUGCCCGCCGCUUCCGAACGGAUCGCCGCCUCGCCGCUUCUGCCCUGCCUGGGAACAUGAAGCUGCUGCCGUCGGUGGUGCCGAAGCUCUUUCUGGCUGCAAUGUUCUCCGCGUUGGUGACGGGGGAGAGCCUGGAGCGGCUUCGGAGAGGGAUGGCAGCUGGAACCAGCAAUCCGGACCCUUCCACUGGCUCCACGGACCAGUUGCUACCCACGGGAGGUGCCCGGACCAGGGAGGUCGUGGACUUGGAAGAUUCAGACCUUUUCAGAGUUGCUUUAUCAUCCAAGCCACAAGCGCUAGCCACACCAAGCAAAGAAGAGACGGGGAAAAGGAGGAAGAAGGGCAAAGGAUUGGGGCGGAAGAGAGACCCAUGUCUUCGAAAGUAUAAGGACUUCUGCAUCCACGGAGAGUGCAAAUAUCUGAAGGAGCUCCGGGCUCCAUCGUGCAUCUGCCACCCGGGUUACCAUGGAGAGCGGUGUCACGGACUGAGCCUCCCGGUGGAGAAUCGCUUGUAUUCCUACGACCACACUACUAUCCUGGCAGUGGUGGCUGUGGUGCUGUCAUCCGUCUGUCUCCUUGUCAUCGUGGGACUUCUCAUGUUCAGGUACCACAGGAGAGGAGGUUAUGAUGUGGAAAAUGAAGAGAAAGUGAAGUUGGGCAUGACUAAUUCCCAUUGAAAGAGACGAUGCUCAAGGCUGUAGGAAUCUGUGAGGAUGGCUCCCUCUGAGAAGACACUAGUUGACUGCAGGCCUGGCAAGGGAAAGGACUUUCUAACUAGCCACAAGACUUUAUCAUCCCUAGCUUUGGUAUUUCGUUUGGGCCUCCUAUAAUUGCUUUGCGAAAAUGCCAGCGCCUACAAGUGCCAGAUAAUACAUCCAGUGGGACAUGGAUCAGAAGAAAACAAACACCAGGCCCUUCAGGCGCUUCUGAUUCCCUUCCACCAAUCCCACGGCUCCCAUCAGUUUAUUUAAACACUUGUCUUCUGGACUAAAAUACCAGCUAAAUUCCACAUGCUCCAGGAUCUUUGACUGAAGAAGAAGAAAAAAAACAAAGGUUAAAAAGAGGAAGAAAGACUGUGGCCUGGAAGAAAGCAACAAAGUUGAGAAGCCUGCACUUCAAGUCACCAAGGGAUCUGCUAUUUGGACUCUCCAGCGCUAGAUGAGCUAACUGUGAAAUACCACAAACCUGAGAACUCUUGGGGACUUCUACCCAGAGGAAAAAGAAAACCUAUUUUUUGUUGUUGUUGGUUUGUUUGUAAAAUGCCUUUUAAAUUAUAUAUUUAUUUUAUUCUAUGUAUGUUAAUUUAUUUAGUUUUUAACAAUCUAACAAUAAUAUUUCAAGUGCCUAGACUGUUACUUUAGCAAUGUCGUGACCCUCCUUGCCUCCCUACCAUCCAGCUUAGGGCAGCAUGCUGUCACAAAUGGAGAUGGCUCUGUGACCUGGAUGUGGUAGCUCAUUGUCUCUCUCCAUUUGUAAAGAUGCCCCAGGAGCACAGUGCCCCAGGGAAGUGCGUGCGGUCGGGAUGCAGGAAAUGACUUGGUCAGACCCACUCUAUGAGUUGGAUUGCAGUCUUGCCUAGGCGAUUUUGUCUACUGUUUGUGUUUUGAAAGCCCAAGGUGCUGAUGUCAAAGUGUAACUGAUAUCGGUGUUUCCCUGUGUCCGCUAAAUCUCACAAGAGAUUGGGUAUCCACACCUAUGGCUGUCCUAGCCGCUCAUCUCCACGAACCCAGGCCCACGAGUGGGAACCCACUCUCCCUUGUGUCAAGACAUUUCUCUUAACUCCUGCCAUUCUUCUGGUGCUACUCCACGCAGGGGUCAGUGCGGCGAAAGACAGUCUGGAGAAGGUGUUAGCAAAGGAAAAGGUUGAGGAGGAACAGGAAGCGGCAGCGUUGACCUGUUCUUGGUAAUUGAUUAACUUGCCAUUUGCUUCAGAGUAGUUUGGAGUUGGUGGCAGUUUUGGGUAGCCUUACCCAUCUUACUAAAACUACAAACAUUUGCUGUUAUGGUCCCUUUUGGAAGUUUCUGGUGCCAUAUCUGAACUGUUACAAUCUGUAUUUCCAAACCUGGUUCAUAUUUAUACUUCGCAAUCCAAAUAAAGAUAACCCUUACAUCACA